CAGACUGGCGCUAAAAGUUUUGAGCGUCUCAAAAGUGUAGAGCCACCCUCCAGGGAGCAGGUAGCUGCUGGGCUCCAGGAACACUUGGCGUCUAGGCUCGGAGCGUGCUUUCGACAGUGACACACUUCCCUGAGGGCUGGCAGCCAGACUGCCUUCAGGGUCAGUGCCAUGGAGGAGCCGCAGUCAGAUCUCAGCAUCGAGCCCCCGCUGAGUCAGGAAACAUUUUCAGACCUAUGGAAACUACUUCCUGAAAACAACAUUCUGUCCUCCUCGCUGUCCCAACCGGUGGAUGAUUUGAUGCUAUCCCCAGAUGACAUUGACAUUGCACAAUGGUUGAGUCAAGACCCGGUUCCAGAUGAAGCUCCCACAGUUUCAGAGGCUCCUCCCGCCAUGGCCCAGGCACCGGCAGCUCCUACAUUAGUGGCCCCCACACCAGCCCCCUCCUGGCCCCUGUCAUCCUCUGUCCCUUCCCAGAAAACCUACCAUGGUGACUACGGUUUCCGUCUGGGCUUCUUGCAUUCUGGGACAGCCAAGUCUGUGACUUGCACGUACUCCCCUGCCCUCAACAAGAUGUUUUGCCAGCUGGCCAAAACCUGCCCCGUGCAGCUGUGGGUUGAUUCCACACCCCCACGUGGCACCCGCGUCCGCGCCAUGGCCAUCUACAAGCAGUCACAGCACAUGACGGAGGUCGUGAGGCGCUGCCCCCACCAUGAGCGCUGCUCAGAUAGCGAUGGUCUGGCCCCUCCUCAGCAUCUUAUCCGAGUGGAAGGAAAUUUACAUGUGGAAUAUUUGGAUGACAAAAACACUUUUCGACAUAGUGUGGUGGUGCCCUAUGAGCCGCCUGAGGUCGGCUCUGAUUGUACCACCAUUCACUACAACUACAUGUGUAACAGUUCCUGCAUGGGCGGCAUGAACCGGAGGCCCAUCCUCACCAUCAUCACUCUGGAAGACUCCAGUGGUAAUCUGCUGGGACGGAACAGCUUUGAGGUGCGCGUUUGUGCCUGUCCUGGGAGAGACCGGCGCACAGAGGAAGAGAAUUUCCGUAAGAAAGGGGAGCCUUGCCUCGAUCUGCCCCCUGGGAGCACUAAGCGAGCAAUGCCCAAUAGCACGAGCUCCUCUCCCCAGCCAAAGAAGAAGCCACUGGAUGGAGAAUAUUUCACCCUUCAGAUCCAUGGGCGUGAGCGCUUUGAGAUGUUCCGAGAGCUGAAUGAGGCCUUGGAACUCAAGGAUGCCCAGGCUGGGAAGGAGCCAGGGGGGAGCAGGGCCCACUCCAACCACCUGAAGUCCAAGAAGGGGCAGUGUACCUCCCGCCAUAAAAAACUAAUGGUCAAGAGAGAGGGACCUGACUCAGACUGACAUUCUUCGCUUCUUGUUCCCCACUGACAGCCUCCCACCCCAUCUCUCCCUCCCCUACCAUUUUGGGUUUUGGAUCUUUGAACCCUUGCUUGCAAUAGGUGUGCAUCAGAAACACCCAGGACUUUGGUUUCCUUUGUCCCGGGGUCUGACUGAGAAAGUUGGCCUGCAUUUGUGUUUUGUUGUGGGGAGGAGGAUGGGGGUUAGGACAUACCAGCUUCAAUUGUAAGGUUUUUACUGUGAGGGAUGUUUGGGAGAUGUAAGAAUUGUUCUUGCAGGUAAGGGUUAGUUUAUAAUCAACCACACACUAGGCAGGGGCCCACUUCUUCACUGUACUAACCAGGGAAGCUGUCCCACACUCUUUAAUUUCGUCUAACUUCAAGGUCCAUAGCUAUGAAAUGCUGGCCUUUGGACCUACCUCACGGAGUAUGUUGUGAGGGUGAAUGAAAUAAUGUAUGUCUGGCCUUGAAACCAUUUUUUAUUAUAUGGGGUCUUGAACUUGACCCCCUUGAGGGUGCUUAUUCCCCGUCCCUGUUGGUCAGUGGGUUGGUAGUUUCUGCAUUUGGGCAGCUGAUUCGGUAGAGGGCGUUGCCAAGUCUCAGCUUGCCUGGCCAAAUCCUCUCUGACAACCUCUUGGUGAACCUUAGCACCUAAAAGGAAAUCUCAGCCCAUCCCACACCCUGGAGAUUUCAUUUCUUGUGUAUGAUGAUCUGGAUCCACCAAGACUUGUUUUAUGCUCAGGGUCAAUUUCUUUUCUUUUUUCUUUGAGGCGGGGUCUUGCUCUGUUGCCCAGGCUGGCGUACAGUGGUGAUCUUGGCUCACCGCAGCCUUCACCUCUCUGGCUCAAGCAAUUCUUCUGCCUCAGCCUUUCAAAUAGCUGGGACCACAAGCUCAUGCCACCACAGCUGGCUAAUUUUUACAUGUUUUGUAGAGAUGGAGUCUUGAUAUGUUGGCCAGGCUGGUCUCAAACUCCUGGGCUCAAGAAAUCUGCCUGCCUCAGCCUCCCAGAGUGCUGGGAUUACAAGUGUGAGCCACCGUGUCCAGCUGGAAGGGUCAAUGCCUUUUACAUUCUGCAAGCACAUCUGCAUUUUCACCCCACCCCUUCCCCCCCUUCCCUUUUUAUAUCCCAUUUUUAUAUCAAUUUCUUAUUUUGCAAUAAAACUUUGUUGCCA